AUGUCAAGGAUAAAAUAUACGAAUCUACCCGGUCAACCACCGAAUAUUCAUCACGUCGUUAAAGAAAAAGAAAAAGGAAAAUUCGAAUGCGAUGGAAAUUUACCGGAAGAGGAAAAGAAAAAAUGUCAAACGGCUGAAAUAAUAAAAGUACCCCUGAGAUCACAGGAAUGUCCGAAAAAUCAUAAAAAAGAUGCAAAAGGAAGAUGUCGGCCAUCUUGGAAUUAA